UCUCCGUUACUUUCUCGCGUCGAUACGGGGGAUCCCGCCUGGUGUUUCUACGAGAGUAGCUCGUCCUCGGAAUUAAGGGAAUGUGGAGGCUGGUCAGGGGCCCUUUAAGCGCCCUCGCGGGGGCGCCGACACCAACAGGUUUUGGUGGAAUAAAAAUUCUCACUGCUGGCUACAGGAAAUAUGGGCCGCUUCCAGAUUAUACAGGAAUAAUCAUUCCUGAGAAACCCAAACUGAGAAUUGUUGAGAGAGCGCCAAAUUUGCCUAAGGUUAGGCGACAGUUCAAGAAUUUACGUGACAUCCGAGGUCCUUCUACAGAAGCCAGAGAAUUUACUGAAGGACAAUAUGGUAUUGUGGCUAUGAGUGGUGGCUAUCUCCGCUGGGCUCACUUUGAAAUGAUGCGCCUGAGUAUUAAUCGGCACAUGAAUUCCAAGACAAUGUUUGCUGUGUGGAGAGUCCCUGCCCCUUACAAACCCAUUACCCGCAAAGGACUAGGACACCGCAUGGGUGGUGGCAAAGGUGCAAUUGAUCAUUAUGUGUCAGCGGUGAAAACAGGUCGUCUCAUAGUGGAAAUUGGUGGGCACUGUGAGUUUGCUGAGGUGAAAAACUUCCUAACCCAAGUGGCCAAGAAGUUGCCUUUCCCAGCCCAAGCAGUCAGCAAGCAAACCCUUCAAGAGAUGCAGGAGAGAGAAGAGGAGAGGCGGCACAAUAACCAGAAUCCAUGGACAUUUGAGCGCAUUGUUACUUCCAAUAUGCUGGGAAUACGGAAGUAUCUGAGCCCUUACGACUUACAGUACAAGGGUCGCUACUGGGGAAGGUUCUACCUGCCUGACAGGGUAUGAGCAGAGACUUGCGGAACAUUAUCUGCUACAGCAAUUCUUUGGAAACUUGUCUUUCCUAACAGAGAUAUUUGUGGGUGAAGCAACAAGUGAGUGACUAUAUAUGUGGAAGUCUGAUAAAUAUGGAGGGUGAUGGAGUGGUGAUAAUGAUGUAGAACUUGGGAUAAAUAAAUUCAUCAUGGAAGCUUG